CUAAUAUCAAAAACCCUGACAGACCCCAGUGUCCACGAAGGCUGUGUUACUGUUGUUUUGCACUGGACUUAUAACUUACCAUGCAGCGCUGCUCCUUUUGCAUUAUACUCAACACAACUUCACAGAUCCUUUCUGCGCUUUGAGCUGGAUGAGGAAGUAGUUAGGCGGAUUGAUGCUGCGAGCUCUGCUCAGCUUGUUCGGCUGCGCGAAGCCACCAGCCAACUUUAAGAAACGGAAUUAUAAGCCCGAAGCCGAUGAUGCGGAGGCAGAGCAGCGAAACGUCUUUGAGCUGGCUUACAGCGUGCUUAAGGCGAAGACGGAGGCCCUGUUAGCGAAUGACCAAGCCUUGCUCAAUCAAGAGUACAACAGCUUGCAGGACUGCGACGUGCUCGAGACAGUAGAGGCCGCAGAGCACACCAACAACGCCGGCAAGAACCGCUACGUCAACGUGCUUCCAUUCGACUAUAACCGGGUUAAAAUAUCCGGCGAGGACGGCCAGGACUACAUAAAUGCCAGCUUGGUACAGAGCGGGCCGAAUGAGUCGCCCAGCUGGUGCUACAUUGCGGCUCAGGGACCGCUGGCUUCAACAGUUGACGACUUCUGGCGGAUGGUCUUUGAGAACAACUGCUCCAUACUGAUCAUGCUGACCCGCACCGUGGAAAACAAUCAUAUUAAGUGCGCAGACUACUUCAACCAGCGGCCAGGGGAAACUGCAAAGUUCGGCUCGUACCGUGUAACAACAACAGAUGUGCAGGAGGUCAGUCCGGACAUCACUAAGCGCACGCUUCAGUUGUCGUUGUGCACGACGCAGGAGGUGCAUGAAGUAACGCAUUACCACUACCACCGGUGGCCUGAUUUCGGAGUCCCUGAGUCGACGGAGCCCAUUCGUCGGCUGGUCAAAAUUUUAUGGCAGAACCGGACUAGUUGCACUCAGCAAACAACCGUAGUGCACUGCAGCGCCGGGAUCGGGCGGACGGGGACGCUGAUGGCCAUUGAUGUCAUCCUUCGACGUUUGUGGGCUAUGGCAGAGCAGGGGCUGCCCUCAGGGCCUGCCGAUGUGUCCACUGCUGUUGACUUGCCAGCAGUUGUGCAUUCAUUGCGGAGACAGCGAAAAGGCAUGGUGCAGACCAUGGAGCAGUAUUAUUUCUGCUACGAAGCGGUUUUGCACGAGAUGCAGGAGGCGACCGGGCGGAGCUCACGAGAGAGCGUGCAUGCUAACGCCGGGAACGGCUUCGUUGACGCGCAUUGAUAUGACGACCACUUAGACGCGCAUUGAGCGUGCUUGGUUGCGUGUGGACCCUGCUUGGUCCCAUGACGCUCAUGCGUGUUUAAAAAUAAGCGUGAUCGGUUCUUCGCCCACAGCUACAGACGCAUAUCGGACGUGACUACGUGAGGCUGUGUAAGUAGUGAAGGGGGUGCGUGCGAUGGAUGGGACUAAUGCACUAUUAAUGAAUCCAACAUGGUCGAACAUCGAUAGCGUGGCUUGGAAAACGCUGAUCGGGGAAGCAUAGGGAAUUUAUGUUUUUUUAUCAAGCAUGUUUGCUGCUGGGUGGUAGCUUCCUUUAUUCGUCGCUGCUGUGUGUUGUGUGUUUUGGCGACAUUUAUAGACCUCCCGGACACGCGUGGCCUAUGAACCAUGCUCAGGUUACAGCUUUGAACGAUCCGCCAGGUGUUGACCUGAACUGAACGUAUGGCGAAGAGUCUUGUUACGCCUGCCAACACAAGCUAGGUGGGUGUGCGGUAUGCAUGAGGGCCUGGUAGGCACACGCCUGUACACAGUUGUCAUUGUUCCUUUUGUGAGCCGGUUGAAUAGGGCCAAAGUCCGACGGUGAUGUGACGGUGAAAGUGCCUAGCAUCUCCACCUACCAAAUACAAGCCACUUGCAACGAUGUGUCUUUGCAACGAUGUGUCUAUGGAUUGCAGCGCAAAGGAGCGCUUCAAUUGUUUCCAAUUGUCCGUUGUGCACGUAUGCCGCUGCUGUAUUGCUGAGGCCAGGCGCUUUAGAAGAGGUUGGCCUUCUUUUUGGCCUGUGCUUGCCGCCAGGCCGGCUGCUUCUUGAAAGCAUUGCGGUCCAUGCCGAACACUUGCUGAAACUCUUCAUCGUUAAGGUAAUCCUCCUUGCGCGUUGCGUCGAUACCUGCCGGGAGGGUGAGGAAGAAGAGGUGUCAUUUUAUUGCAGGCAGUUUUUGUGCUGUUUGUGGCUGUUGUCGAGAAAUCGGAUGCACAGGGUGCGAAGUGUUGCGUACCCUGGUAUGCGGCUCUGUAGUGACGGUUCUUUGCAGGGAACCCAACCGCACCCCAACCCCCCCAAAAAUGUAGCAUCGCGUGCGCAUACACGCAGCCUCAGGGAUUCUCCUCUUGGCAAUCAUUCUUGACAGCCGGAUGUCACGGUGCCGUGGGAUAAACUUCUAUUCCUUCAUUUCACAUCCGUGCCUAUGAUCUCCGUUUAUCCCCACUAGGGAGAUGUGUAAUAACACGUGCUGGUGGCCUUCGC